AGGAGAAGGACUGUAUCAAUCUAUAAACCCUAAGGAUCCAUCAGCAGUACCCAAAUGGCGUUCCAAAGGAAUAAAGCAAAGGAUUCAUACUGUAACUGUGAAAAAUGGAUCCAGGGGACUAGAGUUCAAACUUGGAUUCUGUCCAAAGCAUUAUUAUAGCUGUACCAAUAUUGUUAAAGCUACAAUUCCAAAGAAUUUGGCCAACAGUCAUUGAAUGCUUGUGUUUUUGAAGGUAUGACUCAAUUGUAGUAAAUUCUUUUAACUAUUUGCUGACUUUGAUUUGAACUUUGUUUUUGUUGGGGGGAAAUAGUGUGUAUAUUUAUGAGGGAGCAGCUCAUGAAAAUACCAAAUAAUUUUAAUCAUUACUGAUCCCACCAAGAGGAUCUCAUGCCUCCCCGUGCAAAUGCAUGUUAUAAUUUGGAACACUCUGCCCUAAGUCUUUCUAAGGGACACACCUGGAAUCUUUCCUAUUGGUUAAAUUGCAAAUGAUUAUUGAUAAACAAGCUGCAUGUCUUAAUGGAUCUGCUCUGCCCUUUCCUGCCUAUAUAUUAAUUAUCCUAUCAAGAAAAAGUAGUGCAUCACUAUACAUAUGAUCAUCCCAUCAAUGAUGAAAGGAGAAAGGCUUUGCAAAUAAAAAAUCCCUAUAAAAAUCCUAUAAAAGAACUAUAGUUUUAUAUUUACAACUAUCAGAGAAUAGUGAUGGGAGCAGCUGGGUGACUCAGUGGAUUGAGAACCAAGCCUAGAGACUGGAGGUCCUGGAUUCAGAUCUGGCCUCAGACACUUCCUAGCUGUGUGACCUUUCAGUAUUGAUUCUAAGACAGAAGGUAGGGGUUUAAAAAAAAAAAAGAAUAGUGAUGCAGACCACAUUGGCUCUCAGUUACUUCAGGUUUGUUUCUUUUUUUUUUUUCCCAUAAUGGGCAAAGCUAUAUUCUUUUUCAGUGUUGGUGGCCUAACUUUCCUUGCUGGGGAUCUUUUAUGUAGAUUUUGGAGAAGAGUGAUUAACUUGAAUGCCAAAUAUUGUUUGAAACCUACAUUUUUCUAUAUAAAUAUAGAUGUUGUUGUAUAUACUGAGUCCACUUCUGUCUAGAAAUGUAACUUUUCUUUCUUAUAUUCAGUAUGAAACAAAAGAUUAUGAUGAGAAAAAAAUCCUCAAUGCACCAAAAUAUUUAUAGCAUCCUUUUUUGCAAUAGCAAAGAAUUAGAAACAAUGAAAAUGUCUAUUUGGGAAACAAAUUGUGGCUUGUGAAUAUAAUGGAAUGUUAUUUUUCUGCAAGAAAUGACAAAUAGUGGGGGCAGCUGGGUGGCUCAGUGGAUUGAGAGUGAGGCCUAGAGACAGGAGGUCCUAGGUUCAAAUCCAGCCUCAGACACUUCCUACCUGUGUGACCCUGGGCAAGUCACUUAACCCCCAUUGCCUAGUCCUUACCACUUGUCUGCCUUGGAACCAAUACAAAGUAUUGAUCCUAAGAGGGAAGGGAAGGGUUUUUAAAAAAAAAAAAAGAAAAGAUAUGAGAAGUCGCUUUUAGAUUUAAUCACGGAAGCUAUACACCCCCACUUUACACUCAAGUGGGGGGAGGUCCAUAACCCACAUGCUAAAGUGGGUGACAAUUCAGAAACUACUGCCUGGGAAAUCCUAAGAAAAUUUAGAAACUACAAUUGGUAAAGUAGAGGCAAGGCACAGGCAGUGAUGAAGAGAAGGGUCUUUAAAAAUAGUUGCAACUUCCUGUGAGUGAGUUAUUUGAGCUCUUUCAAGACUGUGAAGGCUGGUGGAGGAUCAUUUGGUGAGACUGCUAUUUACUUUGGAUUGGUGAGUGGGAAAGACUGAUCUUCCUUUCCUGACUUCCAGAGAGAUUAACACCAGACAGGCCUCCAUCUCAGAGGCCACAUGGGUAAUAUCUAAUUUACCUCUGGACCCUCCGGCUGGACUUCUGGAUCCCUGCUGGAGCAAAGCCAGGUGCUGGAGCAGAUAUUUAGCUCAUUAAGCUAAAUUUCUUACUUGACUCUCUUUCUCAUUUCUCUACCUUACUCUUUUCCUCUAUUUUGUAAAUAAAAGUACUAUAAAGUCAUUUGACUUGUAUAUAUUAAUUUCAGUGACCACAUUUCUCUUAUACUUAGUCCAACCUUAAUUUUUAACCCUUACAAUAUAUUUUGCAUAUUUUCAUACAUUUUUGAAGUAUCAGUUGCUGACUUUUCUUUUUCCUUUUUGGGGACAGUUGAAUAAAAAUAUCAUUUGUUCAGUGGGGUGACUCUUGGGAGGGAGAAGGGAGGAAUGGUGUGGGAAAUUUUGAUGAUGAAAAAACCUAAGACAUCAAUAAAAACUUAUUUCAAAAAAAAUUUAGCAAUAUGAAGACAGGAGAACAUAGAUGAUGAAUUUGGUGGGGAAAUUAUAAGCCUAGUCUAGAGAAAUUAUAUAGGAGGGAUCAGGAACUUCAAUGUCUACCAAAGCUCACUUGCCAAAACCAGAGCAAUUGAUAUUUUUAACUUACCUUGAUUAUGAUUUUAUCCUUUGAAAGGGGAAGAAAAUAAGAGAACUGUUAUUCUGAAUCUGAUUCUGAUCAACAAGGAAGAGUUGGUAGUUGAAGUAGAAGUGUUCAAAAUAAGGGAUAAGUGAGUAUGGGUAAACCAUAGUGCAAUAGAAAGCCAGGCAUCAUCUAAUGUGGAUAUAGAUUUAAGAGUAAAUUUUAGAGGCUUCAGAGAAAGAGUAUUAUUCUAAAUUCUAAAUUCUAUUCUAAAACCUAAAAUUCUACUGAGGAAGACAGUGCUAGGCUAAAGGGAAACUCACAUUUCUUUAUUUUUUAAUAAUAUUCCCGCUUCCCCCCCCCCCCACCAUUUAUAUGUAAGAACCAUUUUAAACUUUUAUUUUAACAUUUAACACUUUUUAACAUUUGUUUUAACAUUAAUUUUGAGUUCUAAAUUCUCUCCCUUCUUUUGACCUCCCCUUCCUCUCUCUCUCUCCCCCCUGAGAUAGCAAGCAGUCUGAUCUAGAUUCUUCAUGUAUAAUCAUUUAAAAUCUUUUUUUCUCCCUGUUAAUUGUUUUGUGGAAGAAUUUUCAAAUGGAAAAAAGGAAAGAAAAUGAAGUAUUUGUUUCCAUCUACAUUCAGACUCCCAUUCUUUCUUGGAUUAGAGUGGGGAGAAACUUAGAGCAGGCUAGCACAGGAGCGGGUUAUUACAGUAGUCCCAUGUUUGAGGUGAUAAGGAUCUUCAUAAGGAUGAUAACAAUAUCAGGGGAGAAAAGGAGGCAUGCUCCUGAGGUGUUGUAAAGGUGAAACUGACAGAAUCUGGCAACAGACUGAAUAUGAGGGGUGAGAAAUAGAAAUUGGUCAUAGGUCUUAAGCCUGGGGAACUUGGAGGCUGGUGUUGCCCUUUAUGGUAAUAGAGAAAUUAGGAGCAGGAAGGGUUUAGGGAGAAAAGUAAUGAGUUCAGUUUUUAAUCCAUUAAGUUUAAGAUAUCUGCUGGACAUCCAGUCUGAGAUAUUUGAAAGGCAAUUAGAGAUGCAAGAUUAUAGGUCAGUGGAAAGGUUAGGGCAAGAUAGUUAGAUUUGAGAAUUAUUAGCAUAGGUAUGAUAAUUAAAUCCAUGAGAACCAAUGAGAUUGCCAAGUGAAGAAGAGGAGGAAGAAAAAAGAGAUCUUAGAAUCUCAGAAUAAAACCCCAUGGGACUCUUAUGAUUAAAUGGCAUGAUCUGGAUCAGGAUCCAGUACAGGAGACUAAGAAGGAAUAGUCUGAUAACUCAGGACAAGAAGUAAGUGGUGUCCCAAAAACAUAGAGAUGGGUGAUCAACAGGGGUCAAAGGUUUCAGAGAAGUCAAGAAUGAAGACUUGAGAAAAGGCCAUUGAAUUUGAUAAGAGAUCAUUGAUAAUUUCGAAGAAAGUAGUUUCAGUGGACUGGCGAGGGCAGAAGCUAGAUUUUAAGGAGUUAAGAAAGGAGUAGAGGCUCCUGUUGUAGAUAGCAUCCUCAAGGAUUCAGCGAUGAAGGGCAGAAGAAAUAUAUGACAGUAGCAGAGAUGAAAGAAUCAAAUGAGGGUUUUUUGAUAAUGGAAGAGAGAUGGGUAUGUUUUUAGGCAGUAAAAAAUAGCUAGUAGAUACAAAGAUUGAAGAUAAGAGAUGAGUGGGGAUGACAGAAGAGGCAAACAGUGGUUGGGAUGGAAUGGGAUCACCAGUGCAGCUGGUAGGAUUGGCCUUGGUAAGGCUACCUCUUCAUGUGAGACAGAGGUGAAGGAGGAGAAAAUGGCAGAAGGCACCUGAGUAAUAAAAAGAAAAGAGGGCUAUGUGAAUUGCUUUAAUUUCUAAAAAUAAAAUGUGGGACAAGGAUCUCAGCUGACAGGAUAGGGAAAAGAUAGGCAAUGGGAGAUUUGCAGAAGGUUGAAAAUUUUCAGAAGAGCUCUUGUGGAGAGUGGAAUACUAAAUUGAUAAGGGAAGGAUUGCCUAGCAGCAAUUGAAGUUAACAUAAAUUUAUAGUGGGCUCAGUCAGAAUAGUUGUGUGAUUUUCUUCACCUACAUUCAGGAGCAUGUAUGUACAAAUAAAAGUGGCAGGUGGUGGGAGUUACCUAAGGCUAAGCCAUGGCCAGAUGUAACUGGCAAUAUGAUAGGGGACUGGGAACAUAAGACAGUAUAGAGUUGAUUUGGUUCACCAAGGGAUGAAGAUGGAGGAAAGAGGAUAGAGUGGUUUGUGUAAGGGAGCUGGCCUGGAAGAAAACUGAGGAGUCAAAGGUCUGGAGGUCUCAGUGUGGAAGAAGAAUAAGUGGUAGGGGAAAAGAGAAGAGGUAGAAAGCCAAUAGUCUGUGGUCAGUCAACAAGGUGCUUUUGAUGGCAAGCUCAUAUGACUGUCUUUGAGGGGGAAUUGGGGGCAUGGAGCAAUAGAUCAUGGGGUGAAUAGGUGAAGGAAUUAUCUAGAGACUGAUAUGGAUAUAUGGGGAAUUCAUUUGUCAACUUAGAUUUUUCUUAAAGACAUACCAACUAUUUUAAAGAGCAAUUCGGAAUUAUGCCCAAAGAGUUAUAAAACUGCAUAUACAUUUUGACCCAGCAAUACCACUAUUGAGUUUAUGUGACCAAGUCAGCUCUCUUUGUAGUGACAAAGACGAAGUUGAAGUGAUGUCCAUCAAUUGAGGAAUGACUGAACAAAUUGUGGUAUAUGAUUGUGAUGGAAUACUUUUGCACCCUAAGAAAUGGCAAGCAGUUUAAUUUUUUUUUAAUGGAAAGACCUACAUGAAAUUUUGAAAAGUGAAACAAACUAAACCAAGAGAAUAUUAUAUACAGCAACAGAAUUAUUGUUUGAAGGAUCAUUUGUGUAUGACCACUUCCAGGGAAAGAACCAAUAAAUAGAAAUAAGUGAGACAUUUUAUAUAUACAUGUAAACAUAUGUAUAUACAUAUACACACGCACACACAUAUAUAUUUUUCCAAAUGAUGGCUUCUCUAAUGCAGGAAGGAGAAGUAAGGAGGUAAUUACCUGGAUAUUUUAAUGUAACAAACACUUAAAUUUAAAAUAAAUAAUUAAAAGACAUACCUAAGGGAACUUGAAACAAAGCAGAUGCCUUUUUUUUUUUUAACCCUUACCUUCUGUCUUAGAAUCAAUACUAUGUAUUGGUUCCAAGGCAGAAGAGUGGUAAGGGCUAGGGAAUGGGGGUCAAGUGACUUGCCCAGGGUCACACAGCUGGGAAGUGUCUGAGGCCAGAGUUGAACCUAGGACCUCCCAUCUCUAGGCCUGGCUCUCAAUCCACUGAGCUACCCAGCUGGCCCCGAAGAUGCCUUUUAACAUUAACUGAUUGAAAAAAAAAGUGUUACAUGAAUAUGAUGAAAUAUUAGUGCACUAUAAGAAAUUACAAUUGUGAUUAUAGAGAAUGAGGCAUCUAGGCUGAGUUAAGCAAAACCAGGAAAAUCUAUACAAUUAUAAAAAUAUAAAUGGAAAUUCAAAAUGGAUGAAUGACUUGAACAUAAAGAAGGAAACUAUAAGAAAAUUAGGCGAACACAGAAUAGUAUACAUGUCAGACCUUUGGGAAGGGAAAUACUUCAAAACCAAGCAAGAAUUAGAAAGAAUUACAAAAUGCAAAAUAAAUAAUCUGGAUUACAUCAAAUUAAAAAGUUUUUGUACAAACAAAACCAAUGUAACCAAAAUCAGAAGGGUAGCAACAAAUUGGGAAACAAUCUUCAUAAAAACCUCUGACAAGGGUUUAAUUACUAAAAUUUAUAAAGAACUAAAUCAAUUGUACAAAAAAUCAAGCCAUUCUCCAAUUGACAAAUGGGCAAGGGACAUGAACAGGCAAUUCUCAGCCAAAGAAAUCAAAACUAUUAAUAAGCACAUGAAAAAGUGCUCUACAUCUCUUAUAAUCAGAGAGAUGCAAAUCAAAACAACUCUGAGGUAUCAUCUCACACCUAGCAGAUUGGCUAACAUGACAGCUAUGCAAAGUAAUGAAUGCUGGAGGGGAUGUGGCAAAGUGGGGACAUUAAUUCAUUGCUGGUGGAGUUGUGAAUUGAUCCAACCAUUCUGGAGGGCAAUUUGGAACUAUGUCCAAAGGGCAAUAAAAGACUGUCUGCCCUUUGAUCCAGCCAUAGCACUGCUGGGCUUGUACCCCAAAGAGAUAAUGGACAAAAAGACUUGUACAAAAAUAUUCAUAGCUGCGCUCUUUGUGGUGGCCAAAAAUUGGAAAAUGAGGGGAUGCCCCUCAAUUGGGGAAUGGCUGAACAAAUUGUGGUAUAUGUUGGUGAUGGAAUACUAUUGUGCUAAAAGGAAUAAUAAAGUGGAGAAGUUCCAUGGAGACUGGAACAACCUCCAGGAAGUAAUGCAGAGCGAGAGGAGCAGAACCAGGAAAACAUUGUACACAGAGACUGAUACAUUGUGGUACAAUCGAAGGUGAUGGACUUCUCCAUUAGUAUCAAUGCAAUCCCUGAACAAUCUGCAGGGAUCUAAAAAAAAAAAUACUACCCACAAGCAGAGGAUAAACUGUGGGAAUAAAAACAUCGCUGAAAAGCAACUGCUUGACUACAGGGUUGGAGGAGAUAAGACUGAGGAGAGACUCUAAAUGAACACUAUAAUGCAAACUCCAACAACAGGGAAAUGGGUUCGAGUCAAGAACACAUGUGAUAACCAGUGGAAUCAUGCGUCGGCUAUGGGAGA